AUGACAAAAGCAUUUCAAUAUAAACCAGAAGACAAAAUAUACUGUUCAAUGACAUUAUACGAUGCUUGUAUACAUGCUUUCGACGCAUUACCUAUAUGUGCUCUUGUUGACUCACGUUUUCUAUGUAUGCAUGCUGAAAGUCCUCAUUCAGGUCCAUUAUGUGAUGUACUUUUAUGUGAUCCCAGUGAGAAAUUUGAUGAUAUUGAUGAAGAACAACCUGAUUUUAAACCAAAUGAUGUUCGUGGUUGUGCAUAUUUCUUUUCAUAUUAUGCUUGUCGAGAUUUUUUAUUACGAAAUAAUCUGUUAUCAAUUAUACGUGGACAUGAAGUACAAAAAGAUGAUGUACGAUUUUUUCGAAAAUCAUCUCGCACUAAUUUUCCUGUAAUUGUUUCUCUAUUUUCGGCACCAAAUUAUUGUGAUACAUAUAAUAAUGUUGCAGUUACACUUAGACUUGAUGCAAAUCAACAUCUAUCUGUUAUUCAUAUUGAAGCACAUAGUCAUCCAUUUGUUUUACCAAAUUAUGAGAAUGGAUUUCAAUUUGGUGAACGAUUUAUUCUUUAUUAUACAACUCAUCUUCUUCUUUCUAUUUUUAAUAUGUAUUCACCUGAAGAAUUAGCUGCUGAAGAUGGUCGAAAAGAUAAAACAGAUCGACCAGAUAUUCAAGCAUUAGUUAAUGAAGCUGAAAAAGAACGAAUUAAAAAUUAUGAUCAAGCUAUUCAAUUAGAUCAAAUAUUUGAACGACGACCAAAUACCUGA